AUGGGUCCAAUGGAGAUUGUAGACGAUGAUGAUGUGGAGUUUUUUAUGGUUGUAGCAAGAAGUUCACAAGGCGAAGAUGUUUAUGAUGAAGAAAGGGAAAAUCAUCCGACAAAUGAGUGGGCAUAUCCACAAAGUUUUGAAGAGUUUGGAGGGAAUUAUGAUGUUGGUGAUGAUAAUGACGACAACAUGGAUGAGGAUUAUGAUGUAGAAGGUAAUGAGGAUGAGGAGGAUGAUGAUGAUGAAGACGAAGAAUUCUCGAGGUUUGAUGACAACAUAUAUGGUGUUCAGAGCCAAGACGCUGAUAGAAGUCAAAGUCAUACUUGCUACGAUGAGGCUGAAUGUAGCACAAGACGUCAUGACUUUAUGAAUAUUGGAGCAUAUCCAAGUCACAUCCAUAAUCCAAAUCCAUUUCAAUAG